GCUUUCAUAUGGGUCUUCAAACAUAGAAUUUCUGAGGAAUGAGUAUGAAUCAAACGUAGCUCAUCAAGAUUGUUGUGCCGGAUUUUAGAGGGUUGAUAGUGUUUAUAUAUCUUUGGGAACCCAAAUGCUGAAACAUAUGAGAUUUUUAGUUUGUUUUUGCUCCAUCUGUCUCUUGAGUAGAAUUUUCCUUGGAAAGGUGUUUCUUGGGGUAUUCAUAUUAAUUAUUAGGUGUAAAAGGUGAAAAAGUGCCUGAAACUAAUUGAAGAUACUAGAUUUUGCUUUGUAGGAGGAGAUCCUUCAAGAUGAAAGGAGUCUUGAAAAAUAUACUUUUCGGUGUAAAAGUUUUUAGGAAAAUUUUUCUGUGGAAACAAAGUGGGUGUAGUGAUUGAGUAGUUAAAUGUUUAUUUUCAUUUUCAUUUUUAACUAGUUUUAGCUACCAAACAGUGUGGAAUGCUCCAUUUAUUAAAAUUCACCAAGAAUAGAACAUUUUGAAAUUCUUUAAUAGCCACUUCAAACCCAAUCCUCAUUUCGUAUACAAGGUUUUUUUUUUUUCUUUUUUUUUUUUUAAGACAUGGCACUCAUCAAGCAGUGAGGAGUCAAUGCAUCUUUCAAGAUUUACUUUCAGGAUUGGAGCUAAAAUUGAUCUUGAAAAAAUGUCAUCUUAAAGCUACUAGCAAAACAAACCUAUUUAUUGUGUGAGAAACAUGACUAAGAAAAGCCAAAGCAACGAUGCUGCUGCACAAACUCAAGAUGCUCAGACAAUGAGGGUAAUUUGGACUGAUAAAAUGGUUGAGGAUUAUCUUGACGCAUGCAUUAGUGAGAUUUAUGCUGGUAAUCGCCCAGGAACACAUUUCAAUAAGACAGGGUGGAAAAAUGUGGUAAACAAAUUUAGCGCGAAGACUGGUAAACGAUAUUACUAUAAACAACUUAAGAACAAGUGGGAUAAUUUGAAAAGAGAUUGGAACAUUUGGAUGAGAUUGGUAGGAAAAGAAACUGGCCUUAGAUGGGAUCCGGUGAAAAAGACAAUUGAUGCUACCGAUGCUUGGUGGGAAAAAAAGUUGCAGGAAAUUCCAGAAGCAGCUAAGUUCCGCACUACAGGUUUGGCUCAUGUUGUGAAGGUGGAAAUAUUGUUUACAGAUAUAACUGCCGCCCGAGAAGGACCUUGGGUGCCAUCCUCUAUGCUGAUUCCUGAUGAUAUUGGUGCCACAAAUGGUGUAGGUGUAAGGUGUGAUGAAGGCAACGAUACGGUGUUAGAGGGUUUAGGUGACUUGGAUGACGAACCUAAUCUCAGUGCACAUGAAUGUAGAAUGUGUGAUAGGAAAAGGAAGAAAGAAGUUCAAAUUGUUAGUCAACAUUUGGGUCGUAUGUGUGAUAUACUAGAAAGUAGGAGUACAAUGCCAUCUAAGCGUCCUGAUAAACUUGGAUGUAGCAUUGAAGAGGUUAUGGAUGUUGUUCGAGGGAUAUCUGAGAUAGAAAAUGACAUUGAUAUGCUUAUGAUUGCGAGCGAGGUACUCCUUACAAGAUCGCAUAGAGAGAUGUUUGUGGCCCUUAAGGAGCCAAAGUUCCAGAUUGAAUUCCUCAAGCGAAUGAGAAAUGUAAAAAUUAGCCAUUGAACCGCCGUGAAGUUGUUUUGUUAGGGAUAAUUUUUAGGUUAUUCUUUUUUAAAUUUUGUUUGUUAUAAACUAUCUCAAAAGUUGUAAGGAUUUGUCUUCAUGCCUUGUUUUU